AUGAAAGGCAUCCUCAUUGCUGGCGUCUUUGUGGUAUUUGCCAUCUCAGUUAUAGACUCCCUGAAAUGUAGACAGUGUUACUCACCAACUGAGAGCUGCAGUGACGAAGCCACUGAGUGUAAAGGAGAGGGGUUCUUAAGUUGUGUGGAGUCCUUGGUCAAUUCCACUCUAGGAGGGUCCCACUAUCUGUACCAGAACAGUUCCUGCUCCGCAAAUAAUUGUGCCAAGAACAGCAAUACCCAAGUGGCCUUCACGGUGCAUGUGUUUGAUAACCAAACAUUACAUUUUUCGAGCCAGUGCUGCCAAGGAGAGGCAUGCAAUGACACCAACCAUGAGACAGGAACACAGGGUCUCACCAACACCCAGUGCUCUGCUUGCUAUAGCUACAACACAACAGACUGCCAGGAGAAAACCCGGCAGUGUUUCCAAGGAGAACGAUGUGUCCACAUCAUUGCUGAGUUUGUAAAUGGUAAGUCUGGGACUUCAGUGAAAGGCUGUUCCGAUAUCAGUGAGUCUACUUGUGAAACCCUGGCUCUUGAGAACAGGACAAUUGGAGAAUUCGUUUUCCAGAGCGUUAAAUGUGAAAAUGCGACUGUAAUCCCAGUCACCACCAACACCCCUCCGGCCAGCACAGGCGUCAAAGCUUCCUUCACCUCCUCUGUCUUCGGCAGCCUCCUUCUUCUGAAGCUGCUGUUCUGA